UCAGCCGCUGAGGGUGCCCGGGGGUGCGGGAGAGCAGCCGGGGGAGAGGUGGGGGUACGGCGAAGGUUGGAGGAAACGGAUGGAGCGGCUGAUGCGGGCUGCCACGGGACCCCCCGGAAUAUCGGCAUUCCUCCCGUGUGUUUCAGGUGACGGGCGAGUUCUUGGAAAAGCGCGUUGGAUGCCAGGCUGCCCAAAUGCCAGCCCCCACCCUGCAGCCUGGCCAGCUCCGAGAGUAACCUUCGCUGGGAGCUGCUGUUACCGCGAGUAAGAACUGUGCUCGCCUCGUGCUGCUGGGCGAGAAAUCCUGCUGGGGGAGGAGGAGGAGGAGGGCGGCAGUGACACUCGAAGCCUGGUGGAAUCGCUGGCUGUUCUGGCAGAAAGCCCGCAGGAGCCUUCGGAGUGGAAUUCUGCAGAGGGACGGUGCCGCUGGAGGAAGUGGCAAAGCCCUGGCAGCAAGAAGAGCCUGAGUUGGAUCAUGUGUAAAAGCCAAUCCUCUCCUUCAGUGUUCCUUUAAGCUUCUGCAUCCUUUUCUUCAUUUGCUUUUCCCUCUGUCCCGUUCUAUCUGCUGGAAAACUGGGAGAAGAUGCGCUAAGGCAUCCCAUAUCUCGGGAGGAGAGCUCGGAUCGUGUCUCGGCGGCUGCUGCAGCACAGGGCGCUGGAGAGGAGCAGAGCCAGGGGGAAUUGCUGCCCUUCCCAGCUCCUGCCGUGUCCCCUGUGCUCCUGUCCCCGUCCCCGGCGCUGCUUGAUGGGGAUCUCUGCCGCAGGAGCAGGCUCCGCACUCCCGGGCGGGCGAGCAGGGCUGGCACAGCUCCCUCCUGGAUGCUGGGAAGGCCGUGUGGAUAAGCUGCUGGCAGAAGAUCCCUCCUGGAGCAGCUGCUGGCUGUAGGCCCAGCGAGCCAAGGGUCAGCAGAGCGUGUCCUGCAGCAUGACUUCCACGCUGGAGCACCAGGAUUCCCCCCAGGCCAACGGGGCCGUGGUGCCCGGGGACUGCCUGGCCAGCCCGGGCUGCGGGCAGCCCGCGGGGCCCGAGCAUUUCCUGCGGCCCGAGGGCACCGGCGUGGACGUGGUGGUGCUGGAGUCCCGUGCCAACGCCAAAGGGGUGAGGGAGGAGGAUGCCCUGCUGGAAAACGGCAGCCAGAGCAACGAGAGCGAUGACACCAGCACGGAGCGGGGCCCUGAGCCCCCCUCGCCCCUGAAGGAGACCUCGUUUUCCAUCGGGCUGCAGGUGCUGUUCCCCUUCCUGCUGGCUGGCUUUGGCACCGUGGCUGCUGGGAUGGUGCUGGACAUCGUGCAGCACUGGGACGUCUUCAAGCACGUCACUGAGGUGUUCAUCUUGGUCCCUGCUCUGCUGGGGCUGAAGGGGAACCUGGAGAUGACCCUGGCAUCCCGCCUGUCCACAGCUGCAAACAUUGGCCAGAUGGACAACCCCAAAGAGCUCUGGAAGAUGAUCACAGGGAACAUGGCCCUGAUUCAGGUCCAGGCCACCGUGGUUGGCUUCCUGGCCUCGAUUGCAGCUGUGGUGUUUGGCUGGAUCCCAGAUGGGCACUUCAGCAUGGACCACGCUGUGCUGCUGUGUGCCAGCAGCGUGGCCACUGCCUUCAUUGCCUCCCUAGUCCUGGGCAUGAUUAUGAUCGGGGUGAUCAUUGGCUCCAGGAAGAUGGGGAUCAAUCCUGACAACGUGGCCACGCCGAUCGCUGCCAGCCUGGGGGACCUCAUCACGCUGGCUCUGCUCUCAGGGAUCAGCUGGGGCUUGUACAAGGAGCUGGAGAGCAAAGCCUACGUGAACCCCUUGGUGUGCGCCUUCUUCCUGUCCCUGCUGCCCAUCUGGAUCAUCAUUGCCAGGAGGAACUCUGCCACCAGGGAGGUGCUCUACUCGGGCUGGGAGCCUGUCAUCAUCGCCAUGGCCAUCAGCAGCGUCGGGGGGCUCAUUUUGGACAGGACGGUGUCGGACCCCAACUUUGCUGGGAUGGCAGUGUUCACCCCAGUCAUCAAUGGUGUGGGUGGCAACCUGGUGGCAGUGCAGGCCAGCCGAAUCUCCACCUACCUGCACAUGAGUGGGGAGCCUGGAGACAGCCCUGGCACGGCCCCUCGGAAGUGCCCCAGCCCCUGCAGCACCUUCUGCAGCUCAGAUGUCAACUCCCGCUCUGCCCGCGUGCUCUUCCUGCUGGUGGUGCCCGGGCACCUGGUGUUCCUCUACACCAUCCACUCCAUGCAGGGGGGACACACCACCCUCACCCUCAUCUUCAUCCUCUUCUACAUGACAGCAGCGCUGCUCCAGGUGCUGAUCCUGCUCUACAUCGCUGACUGGAUGGUGCACUGGAUGUGGGGCAGGCACCUGGACCCCGACAACUUCUCCAUCCCGUACCUGACAGCCCUGGGGGACCUGAUUGGGACAGGGCUGCUGGCCCUCAGCUUCCACGUGCUCUGGCUGAUCGGGGACCGGGACUCGGAUGUUGGGGAUUAAACCUCCCUGCUCCUCCCUUCCCACAGCUCUCCUCCUUCCUGUUGUUGUUUCUUUGCUUCCCCCUCCUGUCCUGCCAUCCCCCCGCCCUGGAAGAUUUCACCUUUGAUACUGGAUUCUCAUUAUUUUCAAUGGGAAUUUUACCUGGUUUAUAUUUCAAGCCGAGUUUGUAAAAAAAAAAAAGAAAAAAAAAACAAUCUUAUUUUGGGAAGGACGGACGAACAAACGAACAAAAAGCGUUCACGAGACAAUCACAAAGUGCAAUUUUCCGAGCAGUCAUGGCUGAACCAAGGUUCCAGAGAAGUUCCUGCUGGGUCAGGCCAUGCAGGGAGCCCCCCCUGCCCCCUCUCUGGAGGUGCAGGGCUGCUGUUUUCGCUUCAUAAGCGUUCCUUAAACCCCCCCAGGUGGAGCUCAGGUGUGUUCAGCUGGGCUGGCACCUUCCAGCCAGGCACAGGGCACCCCUGGCACCCUCAUGGCACAGGGCACCCCUGCCUCGGCUCCCUGCAGCUCCAGCCUGGCCCCACACCCCAAAAUGGGGAGUGUCUGUGAGGGGGGAGGAGGAGGAUGGUGAGGAAGGCUCCUGUGUUCACCCCAGCAAUGUCAGUGAGCUCGUUUGGGACCCCCCUGCAGCCCCUGGCUGGGCUCUGCUGGCAGCUCCAGGCUCCCUUCUGCCCCCCAGCCCAGAGUGCAGCACGCUGCUCCUGCCUGGCUGAGCCCAGCCCAGAGGGGCUGGGGGCUCUCCCCACCCAUCCCCACCAUCAUCAUCAUCAUCAUCAUCACCACCCUCCCCCUGCCAGGGAUCCCUGCAGCCCCUGGCUGGGCUCUGCUGGCAGCUCCAGGCUCCCUUCUGCCCCCCUGCCCAGAGUGCAGCACGCUGCUCCUGCCUGGCUGAGCCCAGCUCAGAGGGGCUGGGGGCUCUCCCCACCCAUCCCCACCAUCAUCAUCAUCAUCAUCACCACCCUCCCCCUGCCAGGGAUCCCUCCUGGGCUCUGUCUCCUGCUGCUGCUCCACUUCCCUGACCUCCCCAGAGGGCUGGAUGGACAAACAGCUCCUGGCUGGUGUGCCCAGGUUUCCUUCGGGUGGCUCAGGGGCUCCUCGAGGCAGGAGGAGCCCCCAGCAGCUCCCCAGGCUGGGCAGGGGCAGUUUGGUGUCUGUUGGGGAAGGACGUCCGUGGGGUUUCUGUGCCAGCUGGGAAACAGCUGGAAAACAGCUGGAAAUGCAGAUCACAGGGGCCUGGCCCUUGGAGCAGGAGACCCCCCCUGCUCUGGGGUGAAAUCUGGGAUUUUUGGGACAGGAACAUCCUGCCCUGGUGUGGAAUCUGGGAUUUUUGGGAGAGGAACCCCUGGGCCCUGCUGUGAAAUCUGGGAUUUUUGGGACAGGACCCCCACCCCUGGCCUGGUGUGAAAUUUGGGAUUUCUGGGGCUCAGCCCAGGCCUGGUGUGAAAUCUGGGAUUUUUGGGAGGGGAACCUCUUGGGCCCUGGUGAAACCUGGGAUUUUUGGGACAGGACCCUCGCCCCUGGUGUGAAAUCUGGGAUUUUUGGGGCUCAGCCCAGCCCUGGUGUGAAAUCUGGGAUUUUGGGGCUCAGCCCAGCCCUGGUGUGAAAUCUGGGAUUUUUGGGGCAGGAACAUCCUGGGCCCUGGUGUGAAAUUUGGGAUUUUUGGGGCUCAGCCCAGCCCUGGCAGUGCAGGGUUCCCUCCUCUGCUGCUCCCCCUCCUGCUUUUUGUGGAAUUCCUGCUCUUGCCCUGGGGAGCAUCCCUGGGGAUGUGCUGGGAGGGCACCCGAACCCAGAGGGGCAAACCAAGACCAAAGUUAGGCCAGGCUCAGGGUGCCAGGGCAGGGUCAGGGUACCAGGCCAGGCUCAGGGUGCCGGGGCAGGGUCUGGGUGCCAGGGCAGGCUCAGGGUGCCAGGCCAGGCUCAAGGUGCCAGGGCAGGGUCUGGGUGCCUGGGCAGGGUCAGGGUGCCAGGGCAGGGUCAGGGUGCCAGGGCAGGGUCUGGGUGCCAGGGCAGGCUCAGGGUGCCAGGGCAGGGUCUGGGUGCCAGGGCAGGGUCUGGGUGCCAGGGCAGGGUCUGAGUGCCAGGGCAGGGUCUGGGUGCCAGGGCAGGGUCUGGGUGCCAGGGCUGGCUCAGGGUGCCAGGGCAGGGUCUGGGUGCCAGGGCAGGCUCAGGGUGCCAGGGCAGGCUCAGGGUGCCGGGGCAGGGUCAGGGUGUCAGGGCAGGCUCAGGGUGCCAGGGCAGGGUCUGGGUGCCAGGCCAGGCUCAGGGUGCCAGGCCAGGCUCAGGGUGCCGGGGCAGGCUCAGGGUGCCAGGCCAGGCUCAGGGUGCCAGGGCAGGCUCAGGGUGCCAGGGCAGGCUCAGGGUGUCGGGGCAGGCUCAGGGUGCCAGGGCAGGGUCUGGGUGCCAGGGCAGGCUCAGGGUGCCAGGGCAGGCUCUGGGUGCCAGGGCAGGCUCAGGGUGUCAGGGCAGGCUCAGGGUGUCAGGGCAGGCUCAGGGUGUCAAGGCAGGGUCAGGGUGCCAGGGCAGGCUCCGGGUGGUGCUGCUGGGAGGGAGGCUCAGGAUGGGAUUUUGGAAACCCUCGGAGCAGGGGGAGCUCUGGCUGCCCUGCAGACCCCGGCAGGCUCUGGGCUCCAGGCUGCUCCUCCUCAGCCCCUCCCAACAGCUGGGGGUGCAGUUUUGAGGUGAUUCCCCCUUUUUUGAGGUGAUUUCCCCUUUUUUGAGGUGAUUCCCCCUCUUUUGAGGUGAUUUCCCCCUUUUUUGAGGUGAUUUCCCCUUUUUUCCCCUUGCUAAUCCAGCACCAGGCUCGGUCCCUGCUCCUGUGCUGUGUGGGGACAGCUCUGAUCCUCCUCUGUCCCCUCGGGUGACAUUGCUCAGAAAACCCAACCACAAAACCAGCCCUGAACCUGCUCUGCUGAGCUCUCUGCCCAGGCAACCCUGGGAUAUAUCAAUUUCUGGAUUAUAUUAAUUUCUGGAUUAUAUUAUUUUCUGGAAUAUAUUAUUUUCUGGAAUAUAUUAUUUUCUGGAAUAUUAAUUCCUGGAAUAUUAAUUUCUGGAAUAUAUUAAUUUCUGAAAUACAUUAAUUUCUGGAAUAUUAAUUUCUAGAAUAUAAUAUUCUCUGGAAUAUAUUAUUUUCUGGAAUAUAAAUUUCUAGAAUAUAUAAUUUUCUGGAAUAUUCUGGAAUAUUAAUUUCUAGAAUAUAUAAUGUUCUGGAAUACAUUAUUUUCUGGAAUAUUAUUUUCUGGAAUAUAAAUUUCUGGAAUAUAAAUUUCUAGAAUAUAUUAUUUUCUGGAAUACAUUAAUUUCUGGAAUAGUAAUUUCUGGAAUAUUAAUUCUGGAAUAAUUAAUUUCUAGAAUAAUAAUUUCUGGUAUAUUAAUUUCUGGAAUAUAUAACUUUCUGGAACAUAUUAUUUUCUGGACUAUUUUAUUUUCUGGAAUAUUAAUUUCUGGAAUAUUAAUGUCUAGAAUAUAUUAUUUUCUGGAAUACAUUAAUUUUUGGAAUAUUAAUUUCUGGAACAUAAUAUUUUCUGGACUAUUUUCUUUUCUGGACUAUUCCUUUCUGGAAUUCUCUCAGCUGCUGGCCUGAUUUCUCUGCCUGAUGUUGAGGAAUAAAUGCAGGAUUUCCCUCCAUUAACCCUUCAGCUUUUAUGGAUGUAGAGAGAAGCUCUGCUGCCCUUUCUGGUGUCCCAUCACCACUGAAUCCCCAGGAAAGAAUUCCCUAGAGGAGGAAUCUGCCUCUCCUGGUGGCUCUGUCCAUUAAAUAUGGUCAGAGCUGUGCUUGGGCAGUGGCCAGGGAAGAAUUUCAUUUAAAAUGAGGAAGAUUGAUGGAAAAACAACAAAAGAACCAAACCUCUUCCCACUGGUUGCACUGCACUGCACGCCCACUCUGCAGCUGAAAAUCCUGGUUUGCUCUUUUAUCCCAGGAAAAAAGACUGUCUGAAUUAUUUAUAGUUCCUAUAACUGACAGAUGUCGGCCUAAUGGAUAAAUUAUAUUUGGUUAAAUAAAAUGACAUUUAUUUAUCUGCA